CGAUAAGAAAGAACAUGUUCCUGGUUGUCAAGGCAGUGGAAACUGUCUUUGGAGACCACCGGAGUAAGGUGAAGGUGGCUGUUCUUGGUUUCAUCAAGGAACUGUUCAGCUCUGGUGUCGAGAACUGUUCGGCCUGGGGUCUGGUGGCCUAUGUUUUCAGGGAGUUCAGUCGGGCCACCAGCAGACUGGAGACAGGAAACCUCUCUGAGAGGGAAGCAGUGGCAGAGACCGCGCUUCAAACUCUCUGCUUACAUGUCCUCGACACCCUGGACGUCUCAGCAAGCGGCAUGACAAGACUCCUAUGGCCAAGGCUCCUCCAGUUCGUAGUGCCAGCUCAGUACACUGGCACUCUGGUCCCACUCUCCCGCUGCCUCAGGGAGCUCGUGGAGAGACAGGAGAGAGCAGAAGAGAAGGAGGAACCCAAUUACCUGUGCUACCAAGAACGCGCCAAACUGCCAACUCCCCAGGCUCUGCUGGUACGUCUCCUGGUGCUUGCUUGCUCUCCUUAUGAAGGAGGUGGCCAUGGAGCUGUUGCCCUGCAGCUGCUGAAGACCCUUCACAGGGCAAUUCACAGAGCGGUGGGGAUUCCCUGGAUGGCCCAGAUCCCUUCCUUGCUGCAGUACCUUGAAGUUCCAGGGAGCUGGAACUGA